ACUACGCAUGCACCAAUUUGAAUAAGUGGCGGGGAAGACAAUAUCGCAAGUCUCAUGGUACUUGCUAACAAUUAGCAUUUCAUUAGUGAAAAAAAGAUGGUGGAAGGUCCUGGAUGUACAUUAAACGGCGAGAGGAUAAGCGCGAGGGUACAGAAAGGACAAAGAGUCAAAGAGAUGCGAGGCAGCAUGUUCACAACGAAGGGAUUCAAGCAGGAAAUAAACCACGCCAUCCAAAGGCUCAAAGGGUGUCAGUACACCGGCGUCGACACCUUGGGGAAGGAGCUCUUCUUGUAUUUUGGCACUAACGCGUUGAGAGUCCACUUUGGCAUGAACGGCUCGAUGCGAAUCAACGGCGCUCAGAAGAAACAUAGCGUUGGCAGCGGCUCCGUCCCCGUGCUCGAAAUCCACCUGGACAACGACAAAGUGUGCUUCUUUGACAGUACGGUGGAAUUGAGGUUGAGUGGUGACUGCGAGAAGCGUGUGCAAGCCCUUCAGUCCCUGGACGUGUGCUCGCCCGUGUUCAUCCCCUCGCGCUCGGCCGAGGCGGUGAGACGCCACGGCAGCAGGAUGCUCUGUGACGUCCUCCUGGACCAGGCCGUCAUGCCGGGAGUGGGGAACAUCAUUAAAAACGAGGCUCUUUUCGAUGCGGGCCUACACCCGGCCGUGAAGGUGGAGCAGCUGUCGGACGAGCAGCUUCACCAUUUGGUAAAGAUGACGCGUGAUUUCACUCUUCUCUUUUACAAGUGUCGCAAGUCUGGCUCUGCGCUGAGCACACACUACAAAGUAUACAAACGUCCACGUUGCGGCCGCUGCUCUGGCGCUGUCACCGUCUGUCGUCUCGGUGACAACGCCAGGAUGACGUACUUCUGCGAGCGCUGUCAAAAGUGUGACACCACCAGCAUCUACAUCAGGUCUCAUGUUCGCAGUCAACUUCCUGUCAGAAACACCUUGAUUAGCUGGGCAAGCAGCGGGGGAGCAGCCAAUGAGAAUGUGGCAAAGAGGGAGGAAGAGGACUGGACAUGUCACCUGUGCACACUCCUGAACCGGCCCGCCGCCAAAAGCUGCGACGCCUGCCUCACUCCCAGAGCUCCGGUCCACAGAGAGGACGCCCCUGCGCCCUGCUCCACCGAUCUGGUGCGGUACGCCUGCACUGCCUUCACAAAACCCCGAGAGGAGCGCAAACUGAACUGGCGCUCCGCUUUCGGGACGUCCACCCUGCUUUUCUCUGAUUUAAGUGAGGUGCCUGAGCUGUCUCACGGGGAAAUGCCGGCCUCAUCCAGUCGGCCGUGCAAGAAAAUGAGAAUUGAUGGCAGUCCCUCUAACAAGUUGGGUGCGCACACAACUGCAGGAAUGGAGCGCAGCCCCUCCAGCCCCAGCACCCCACCUUUGUGUGCAUCCCACGGUCGCCCAGCUCUCCUGCGAGUGGUCCACAAGGACGGUGACAAUAAAGGACGACGGUUUUACGCCUGCACACUUCCCCGCGAGGCAAAAUGCAACUUCUUUCAGUGGGCUGACUUGCAUUUUCCCUUCUGUCACCAUGGCAAACGAUGCGUUGUGAGGACUGUGCUCAAGCUGGGACCCAACAACGGCCGUGACUUCUACACCUGCGGCUUCCAAAAGGACUCGCCGCUAACACGCCAACCGAAUUCUUCACAAAAUGGUUCAUGCGGCUGCAGUAACGUUGGUCCACCUGGAAAGAUGAAGCUUUGAGGUAGUGGUCUUUAAUUGAGUCCGUUUUUGUAAUAGAAUUAUUCAGCUUAGUCUAUGGAUUGUUAAAUAGUACUUCUUUAUCAUUCAGUUGUGUUACAUUUUUGGCUUCGUGUUUUUCCACAUAUUUACUAUAUUUAUGACCUUAUAUUCGUUAAAGACUACGAUGCAUUCUAACUUGGAGAACCCCAGUACUGCUUUUUGAGUUUCCCACCAGACGGCAAUACUUUUUACCCCAUUCGGAACAUACAGAAGAAUUUCAUACCAUUUUACGGUUUAUACAAGGGCACGUCAUGACUGAAAUGAUUACUGUCGCUCUUUAUUUCAACUAAUGGUAUGCACUCCCAUUAUCCGAGAAAAUACGACACCUAAUCAGUCACUCCAUUGGCAAGCAAAGAUGGCCGUGACAAUAUGCUCCAAUUUAAAUCGAGUGCUGUAAUGUUAUUGGAGUGAUUGGUUGUCGUGGGGAAUAUCUGCGACACUGGUGGGAUUUUCCCCGACACAUAACUGAGGCUUCACAGAGUUAAAUUGUCUGAGGGGGACACAAACCAAAGAGAAAAUAUCUCGUUAGUGGCAGUUCUCCUGGAGAAAAUGCCUUAACGAUGGCAGGAGGUCAAAGAAGAAAUGUCCAGACUGACUUGGAAGUGGAAUAUACGCAUGCAGGAGAGCAUUUCUCAAAUAUGCGUAACAUUGAAGAUCACACCUGAUGAUUUGGCUGUUGUUUUAACUACACGGAACCUACAAUAUGGACGGAUCCGACAGCUGAAAGAGAGAAGGAAAAACAUCGCCUGGUCUGAUGGGUCUCCAUUUCUGCUGACACGUGAUUAGUGUCAGAAUGCGGUGGAAGCAACAUGAAAGCAUGCAUCCGUCCUGCCUUGUAACGAAUUGCUUUCAUCCAUAAGAUGUUUUCUUUGCUCUCUGAGUAACAACUAGAUUUAGAAGCUACAACCUUCCCCUGUGUAUUGUUACUGACCACAAACAUCACGCUUACUUCGAGCUGGAUAUGGCUCUAUGUGGUUUAAAUUAAGAUUUCAUGUCAUGGUUAGAAGUUCAGAUGAUGGUGCCAAGUCCGAGUUAGGGUUCCAAAUUAGGAUUUCAAAUGAAUUAAUUCAAAUUAUGAUAAUAAUUGAUAAUGUUUUUAAUCCAGUCUAAGGGUUUUCCAAUUUGUGUUUUAUGGUUAGGGUUUCAAGCAGGGUUCAGUGUUUCAAGUUGAAGUUUUAGGUGAAAUUCAGGGUUAGGGUUUCAAAACAGGCUUUUUGUAUCUGUUUUUAGUCAUGUUAGUCAUUUAAAUGAUCCUUUCAAUACAAGAUUAGUGUUUCGAAUUAGGGUUUCAAGUUUAGGUUUGGGUUUCAAUUUAGGAUUAGGGUGUCAAGUUCAGGUUUUUGAUAUGAUGUUUUAAUCCUGCUUUCAAAUUAGGAUUUCAAGAUAGGGUUAAGGUUUUAAAUUACAGUUUCAGAUUUCACUCGAGGGUUAGUGUUCCAAAUUAAGGUUUGAAGUCUUGUUUAGGGUUUCAAUUUAGGGUUAGGGAAUAAUUUUAAGGUUUUGAAAUCUAUAUAGUGUUAGGGGUUAGAAAUCAAGAUUUCAAGACAGCGUUAAAACUUUCUAAGAUGGGUAGUGUACAUAUUGAAAAUUGCUUUCUAUGCAAAUUGGAGUUGGAAGUGCGUCUCAGGUGGUAAAUUUCACACUCUGAUUGUUAUACCUGAUUCUCCCACCAGCAUAGUGUGCUUUGUGUGCUCCAUCACAGCUCUUGCAACGCCGAUGGCGUUCUUGAUCCUCCUCAGGUCGGCCACGGCGCCCACCUCCAUCGUGUUACUACUCAUACAGACGCGGUUAAAAGUUUCGCUCCCUUACUCUCUGGAAUAUACAGUAUACAUAUAUCUUUUUUUACCCAUUCAUAAUCAUUGCAUCCAGCGUAGUUUCACCGCUCUCGUCUGGGCUCCCACCGUAGCCCACACUUCCGUCGCAUUGCUCCUUUUGACAGCGCUUGCACCCAGCCUCCACAGCGUCCAAUACCGAGCCACCGGACUGUAGGGCCGCCCACGCUGGACAGGGAACACAAACACAUAACACUUUGAUUGUUACUAGUGAAUCCAGACAAUUGUUUCUCAUUACAUUACAAUUGUUUGAAGAUAUGUAAUUGCUGAAAACGUGUAAAGACUGAGAUGCAGCUUGCAACCAAGUAUGACACUCUCAAGGCACUUACAUUUUGGAUGGAUCAGUUUUGAAGCCAGCAUAUUGGUCAUUGUUAGUGGAAAUCACCUGUCAUCGUAAAUCCAUAUUUCAAGUGGAGCUUCUAGUAUUGUCUGUGCACCUUUCUUUUUCUUCUUGGGCAUAGGCUCAUGUUUAAUGCUCAGAGAGAAAAAAACCCUCUCCGAAUACGUCUGUUUAUUUUACUCAUUUUGCAAGCAUGUGGAUUUACAAUGGCAGCUUGAAAUGUAUCAAGAGUCAGUUAUAGACGGAUGUAAUAGAGAUAUUUUACAGCCUCUGCAAAUAAAUAAACCCUAAGUACUUUAAGUUUUUUUGUUCAAUUGUGCGGCACGGUCUAAUGUGGCCAACAGACCUAGAGCAACUCAGUGCUUAGGGACCACUGGGAUAAAGGAACAGUAUUGUGCUCGUAUCUGUCUACAUGUGCUGCUUCACCAUUUGUGCUCAACUAUCUGUUCCUUGAUAAUAAUGUUAUCCACUAAAUUGCUAUUUGUUGUGAAGUUGAGUCACCUGUCACCAAAUAGUGCUCAUAACGCAAGUUUAAAGUCAAAUCACUUGUUUUUCAAGGGACCACUGUAUACAAACACAAAUCUCAACGAAUAAAUAUUCUUGUAAUAUAACUACUAUUUUGCCAGAAUAUUAUAUGUAUUUUUUCUUAUUCAUUUUUAGCUUAAAAAUCUGCCUGAUCACAGACACAAUUUGUGCUCACAAAAAUUAUUCUUGCUUUUGUUCUCUCACACUUGAUGGCUGGGCAGGUAGUACAGAACACAACAAUUUGUAUCCAAGCGAUUCAAAAGCUAUAGCUUUAAAUUCACUCCUUCAACCGGGCACACAUCCGCAGAUACCAAAUUGCUGUCACAAGAAAAUAUGAUGUAACUCGGUGGCAAACAUCUUCUGUCGUCAUUAUUUUUUUAUGCUUCCCUAUGUCCACGUGUGUGGGGGUAGGGCUUCUUGUUGCGCCAUGCCCAGUGUUGCACUGAUGUUUUAACAGAAACUUUAGAGUACAGCAAAAUCCCAAGGCCGACAAGUUGCGCUUACUAUAAGAUACCAGUAGCACACAGCGAGUCAAUUUGCCCGCUUUCACACCAUCAGCUUCAGGAGGCUCGGGAGAAAAAUGAUGUACAGCCGAUAAAUUAAAGAGUUUCCAUCUAUCAAGCACGGGAGAUUUUUUCCAGUUAACUCCCAUCUUGUCCAGAUUUCAUCUGUCAGAGCAGCUACGUGGAGCGCACCUGGCGGAAAGCCGCCUUGACAGAUAAAAUUCCGAGUAAAUGCGAAAGUGUUUUCACUUCCAAUCUACGACUUUCUGGUGCAUCAUCCUCGACACACAACCCAAUGGAGCGAGGGCAGACCCUCCCUGGGUUGGCAGUUAUGAGUCCCACUCGGUUUCAAACGCAGUCGCUGAUGCUUAAGUUUCACAUUAUCACCAGAUAACAUACCAGCUAUGGAUUUGAGUCGAGAUCAAAUCUCAACUCUCAAAAAUCCUUAUGAGACCCCUUAAAAUCUGCCUUUUUUUGCGACAAAAUGUCAUUUAUAAAAAAAA